UCCAAAAAUGACAGAUCAAGAAUUUCAUGUUGUUACUAGAAAGAAAUGGUUAGCUCGAAAAAGUUUAAAUAAAAAGCAACCAGUUUACAAAAAUAUUUCCGAUAAUGUUUUUCCUGAAGUUGAUGUUCCUAAAUUCCUCACACGAUUGCAGCGCGUUCGUGAUAAAAUGGAAUCCAGUGACUAUUUCCAGCUGAGUCUGUCUAUUCUUAACGAUAGUCUUCAAGAAAACAACAUUAAAAUCGCUAAACUAGUCUGUUUUGGCAUUGGCCCCUUUACAAGAAGUAUUCAAGCCCUACAUCAGUUCGGAUUCAUUUUGGAAUUACAAAAGAACUUGCAAAUCAACGAUGCUCUCUACUUUGAUCCAGUAUUUCGAGAAUCUGAGAAAGAAGUUCUCAAGACAUUAGAAUGUUCUCUUAUGAAGGAGAAUUGUGAAGCGAAGUUCGCCUCAGAUGUUGUUACUUUGUUUUAUCUGCCUCAUUGUCCAAAUUCACUAACAAACAAUCUUCUCUGGAAGAAUUGGUCGCCCGACUUGUUGAGCCAAGUUGUUCUUAUCAAUAAUAGUUUUGAGAGUUUGACAAGUAGUGCUUCGGAUGCAGUGCUUCGUAAGGAUUCUUGUUAUAUUCUUGAUGUGCAACCGUUGGUAAAAGAAUUUCCUCUGGACGAUUGCUAUGAAAUUCACAAUAUCUUCAACGAUCUUUCAGUUCAUGUUUUCCCAAUAAGUAACUUGCCAGAAAAAAGUUCACAAUUUUGGACAAAGAAAGAUGCUCCAAAGUAUGAGGAAGGAGAAAUGGUGACGACGGAUGAGUUCAAUAAAUUAUCUAUAAAUUGAGUACCUUUUAUAUAAAUAAAACAAAAUAGGAUUAUUCUUUUUAAAGACAAAAA